GCGCGCGCGUGAGCCUCCCGGGUGCCGCAGCAGCCAUGGCGGAGCGCGUCGAGCAGCGGGUGGAGGACCGCGUCCCGGAGCUCGAGCAGCUGGAGCGGGUCGGGCUGUUCACGCGUAAGGAGAUCAGGGCCGUCCUGAGGAAGGUGUCGGCUCUGGAGUACAAAAUACAGCGGAGAGCUCUUCGGAAGGAGGAUUUCAUUAACUAUAUUCAGUAUGAAAUUAAUCUGCUGGAACUGAUCAGGAAAAGAAGAGCACGCAUUGGAUAUUCAUUUAAGAAGGAUGAAAUUGAGUUCUCCAUGCUGCAGAGAGUCCACAGCCUCUUCAAGCGUGCUACAGGAAAAUGGAAAGACGAUGUCCAGCUUUGGCUGUCACAUGUUGCAUUUUGCAAGCAGUGGAAUACAAAGCAUCAGCUCAGUAAGGUGUUCUCUUCCAUGUUGGCCAUUCAUCCCAACAAACCAGCACUGUGGAUUAUGGCAGCAAAAUGGGAAAUGGAGACACGGCUGUCAUCAGAAAGCGCUCGGCACUUGUUCCUCCGCGCUCUGCGCUUCCACCCGGAGUGCCCAAAACUUUAUCAAGAAUACUUCAGAAUGGAGCUGAUGAAUGCUGAAAAACAGAGGAGGGAAAAGAAAGAAUUUGAACGAGCAAAGAUGGACUUGGGAGAAUUCAGUUUUUCUGAAGAGAUUCUCAAUGGGGAAAUGGCUCGCAUCAUCUACAGGGAUGCUGCUCAGAAAAUUAAAGGUGCUGAGUUCCAUCUGGCUGUGCUUUCCAUUGCAAAGCUCUUUGAUUUUACCCAAGAUUUGCAAAAAGAAAUUCUUGAAAAUUUGCAGACCAAGUUUGCUGAUGAUCCUCUUACAUGGGAGUACAUGGCCCGUCAAGAGCUGGAGCUGGGGUCUCUUCAGUGCACAGAACAGAAGAGCACCAAGCAGAAGAGAGUGUCUGAAAUGACCCAGAGAGAGGAACGCUGCUGUGCUGUCUUUGAAGAAGCUGUGGGAGAAGUGCCAACAGAGGCCAUGUGGAAAUGCUACAUCACUUUCUGCUUAGAGAGAUACAACAGGAAAACCAACAGUGCAGAAUUAAAGCAAAAGAGGCUGGAGAGGACACUGAGUGUGUUUGACAAAGCCCAUGAAUCCAGUUUGCUGCCAGAAGCUCUCUAUAAGCAGUGGCUUCAACUGUUGCUGGAGUUCAACCUCUCCAAGAAGGCUGUGGAGGUGGCAGAAGCUGUAACCAAGCGCUUCAGCCUGUCAGUGGAGGCAUGGCAGAUGAGGCUGCAGGUGCUGACCCAGUUGAAGAGUGAUGAUGUGACCCAGUGUUUUGAAGAAGCCAUUAAACACAUGAAAUCCAAGGGGACUUUGCCAUUGUGGACCCUCUGGGUGGAAUGGAGUGAAGGCACAAACAGCAAAGAAGACACAGAAGCUCUCUACCAGAAAUCCUUACAUGCCACAACUCCUGCUGAAUCUGUGACUAUGAAAGAAAAGUAUCUUGACUGGACUUACAGAAAUCAUGGUUAUAAAAAAGUUAAAAAAGUCUUUACCAGCCUGUGUGAAAAUCGUCCAUUUUCAGUUGACUUCUUCAGGAAGAUGAUCCAGAUAGAAAAGGAACAAAAAUCCUGCAAAAUGCUUCAUCUGAGAGAAUACUAUGAACGUGCCUUGAGAGAGUUCGGUUCGACAGAUUCUGAUUUCUGGGUGGAUUAUAUCAAAGAAGAGCUAAGUCAUCCCCAAGGCAAACCAGAAAACUGUGGAAACAUUCACUGGCGAGCUAUGAAGAUGUUGCAGGGAGACCUGGUGGAAGACUUUGUUUCCAAACACACUUUAUUGCAAACUGGACAUUUAUGAAAAACUAUAAUUAUAACAUGACAAUGCUCUUUCAAAAAAUGUCUUUGUACAAAAAAAUGUGUUCCUGGAUGUUACUAAAGUGGUGACUUCUUUAUUGUCUAUGUGGGAAAAAAAUAAUCUGCCCCCCUGCAGUUGCUUCUAGUGUUGCUUCUGCCAGGGGCAAGUUCAAGAGGAGAAAAAAAAAAGGUGUCUCUGAGGUUGUUCUUCACUAGACUUCUGAGAGCAAACUCCUUCCUCCUGCCUAAACUUUCAGAUGAAGGAGUCAUAAUGCAUAAGGUUUGACACUCUGGAAAGCUAACAAGUGCAAAACCACCUCUGGCCGGUCUUGGUGUUUUACUAAGCUGAGUGAUGAAAGGUAGAACACUGGAGAAACAGGCUGUAGAAUUCUGGUGUUUGUUUCCUAGCCUUGAACCAACCUCUGACCUACUUUGUGUUGGUGUCUGAAUCAGAAGCUGUAAUGCUGAGAGGGACUGAAAUGGGGAGGAGACCUGAGAUUUCUUACAAAUGGCCCUGAUAGGACAGUACACAGUUCUGAUCCACUCUUCCACUUUCUGCCCCCAGUGCCUGGAAAAUGGGUAACAAUUUUUUGAGAUAGUGCUGUCCUUGGCUGCUUGCAGGCACUCCUUUUCCCAUGUCAAACCCUUUACAUCAACAAAAAUGCUCUCCUUGGAG